AUGUGUAUCAACAUUGUCAUUUUACGAAAAACUUCCACAAAACUGGAUCUUGGAAGGCGUGGAGAACACGUUUGUCCGAUACCGCUGCCGCCACGUUCAUCCGUUGUGCCAACGGCGGCGUCCACCUCAUUUCAACGCAUCCCAGCGUCAACGACGACAGGCAGCGAAAGAAUGGGCACAAAUUUCACUCGCAAACUACAAGUGGUGAUCGUUAUCGAUCAAAAAGUUCAAAAGAAUCUCAGAGUCCGUGAAAUGGCGUUGAAAGAUGUGCAAAAUGUUGCGGAUACGUUGAAUGUGAAUUUAACACAAAUCGAUUUCGAUCGAUUAGAUUUCGGCGAAGCGAAUGCGUUGGAUACAUUUUACAACGCUGAUGUAGCGUUGGUAGACGUUACCGUACAACAGCAACAACCUAGUCUCUGUUAUCAUAUUGGUGUACGUGAAAGCAUGAAUCAAUCCUACAAUAUACUAAUGACAUAUAUCGCACCGGAUUCAGAAUAUCACAUCAUCGAUGCACUAAAGAAAACGCAUGCUCAUCUACCGAUGAUCGUAUACAUGAAAUUUCCCGAAAGUAACACAUUGCAGUCGUAUGAUCGAAAUAUGAAUCCGAAUAAACGUGAUGUGGACGAUGAUUCGAAGUUUAAAAGUCCGAAUAAGGUCACUUUCAAAUCGCGCUUAAAGGCAUCGUUGAAGAGUGUGCAGAUCGAAGCGAGUGCCCAUUCCCGUGAGAAGUUUCUAUCAGAUCUCCGAAAAGCUCGUGAGAUCACCGACGUGAACGAGACGAACGAUUUUCUGGAUAAGAUGCGUUGUCGUCUCGACAACCCGGACGUGUUGUCCGUUGACACUGUGCAUCAGUUGAUGAUAUCGUACAGAGAUAAUCAAAACUACAACGGGAUGAUUAGCCUUGUAGAGGAUCUAAGCCGUAUAGAAGACUGUACUCUGAUUGACACUCAAGUGAUACGGUAUCAGUAUGCCUUCGCAUUGGCCAGAAGGAAUAAGGAAGGUGAUCGAGAACGUUCCUUAAAUACUGUGCUUAAUAUCAUAGAAUCGACAGCAGACAAAGAAGCGCUGAGUCCGGAUGUGAUUUGUUUGGCUGGUCGCAUUUACAAGGAUAAAUUUAUCGCCAGUAAUUAUGAGGACCGUGAAUCGUUGAACAAUGCGGUUUCAUGGUAUCGUAAGGCGUUUGAAAUGUCCCCGUUGGAACACAGUGGUAUUAAUCUCACCACGUUGUUACGAGCUAGUGGUGAACAUUUUGAGAAUAAUGCAGAAAUGCAGCAAAUAGCCGUAGUACUGAACUCGUUGUUGGGACGAAAAGGCGCACUGCAUCAAUUGACCGACUACUGGGACGUAGCCACCUACUUCGAGGUUUCUGUGCUUGCCGAGAACUAUCAGAAAGCUUGCGAAGCCGCACUAAAGAUGGCGAUGCUCAAGCCACCUGUCUGGUUCCUCAAAUCAACCAUGGAGAACAUCAAAUUAAUUAAUCGUUGCGCUGCGACUAUAAGUCCUAUCGAGAAGGAGAAGCAGCAGUUCUUGUUCUGGUCUGAAUUCUUCAUGGAAGCUAUCGAUUCGGAGACGGAUGUGACAUGUGCGAGAUUUCCGGUAUUGAUCCAGGAACUUACCAAGCAAUUCACCCCUUCGUACUUAACGUUGAAUGUUACCGAACGAUCGAUGAUACUCAGUCAUGUGCUUGAAAAUAGCCAACAGAAGAAACCUCCACCCGGUAUUCAUCGUUGGCAUUUCACCGCAGGCAACAUUAAAGCAGUAUCAGCGUCGAAACGUGACGAUCGAUCCAUGUUCCUCUAUGUGCAUGAGAACUCGGACGAUUUUAAUCUCGUGUUCCCAUCGGCCGCUCAUUGCAACAAGGUGAUCAAUACAUUGAUGGAAAUGACUGAAGCGGAUGGUAACCAAGGCAAAGUUCUUUCCAACUUAGAUGGUGAAAAAAUGCAUUUCGAGUACGAGUUAACCUCAAAUGGGGAUCGGGUAGUGCUUGGUAAAGGCACUUACGGCGUCGUAUUUUCGGCAAGAGACGUUACGACACAACGACAAAUUGUUGUUAAAGAAAUAGAAGUGAAAUAUGAUGAAGAGGUGCAACCACUCAUGGAAGAAAUAAACCUACACUCGACUCUAAGCCAUCAGAACAUCGUACAGUACCUCGGUUGUGAUGUCGUUCACAGAGAUACCGGCAAUGACGUGUUCUUAAUUUUCAUGGAACAUGUGCCUGGAGGAAGUCUUAGCAGUCUGUUGCGUUCCAAAUGGGGCCCAUUGAAUGAGCCGGCAAUGGUCCUGUACGGGAAACAGAUUUUGGAUGGGUUACGAUACCUACACGAACAGAAGAUCGUGCACCGUGAUAUCAAAGGUGACAACGUACUGGUGAACACGUACAGUGGCGUAUGCAAAAUCAGUGAUUUUGGCACUUGCAAACGUCUGGCAGGUCUAAACCCAGUCACCGAGACCUUUACUGGAACUCUACAAUACAUGGCACCAGAGGUCAUCGAUCAUGGUCAGCGUGGCUACGGAGCUCCAGCUGACAUAUGGAGUUUCGGUUGUACAAUGGUAGAAAUGGCCACCGGGCGACCACCAUUUGUAGAGAUGCAAAAUCCACAAGCGGCCAUGUUCCGAGUGGGAAUGUUCAAAACACACCCACCAUUGCCUCAGGAUAUUUCGGAGAAAUGUCGUCAUUUUAUUAAAAGCUGUUUCGAGCCCGAUCCACUUCAACGGCCAAGCGCACUGAAACUACUCAACGAUCCAUUCAUACAGCAAUUUCACCAUUCUGUUUCACGGACGCGUAGCGGUUCAAUGAACAAAAAACAAAUCGAUCACGUCAAACAUCGAGGCAUCGGCGUCACCGAUCGUGGAUCCGUCGAGAUGCCCAGCUCACCGCAAUCGGCCGUUGUCGAAGAGAAGAAACUACAUUUGAUGAUUGACAAUAGUCGAACACGUACAAUCUCAUGUAGUCCCGUGCCGGAUGGUUCAGUAAGCGCUGGCACUACCAUAUCACAUCCGGGAUUCCCUCUCAGUCAGCCAUCCAGCCCUAUAGUUGAUGACAACACACAUCCACAACUUGUGCCAUCGCCAUGCCUUGGAACACCACGUUCUGGAAAUACAACGUUGUUGAAUAGGACAAUAUCGGAUGAAAGUUCGAACAGCUCGAACAGAUUCUUCAUGUUGAAAAAAGAUUCUGAACGACGACAUACGUUGGCACAAUUCAUGUCUGACUACUCUGAACAGAUUAUCGACACAUGGAUGCGUGGCAUCAUUGCGUCUAUGGAUAGUGCAGAGGUGGUGGUAACCAUGCAUAUGCUUGAGACUUUACUCGAUGGUAUGCGUGAAUUCCUGUUGAAAAAAGAAACAAAGCACAUACAAGAUGCGUUGGACGAGAUCCGCUGUCUUCUUGACUACGAUACGGCGAAAAUCUCACAAGUGAACAUGGCAAUUUUUACGUUCUCGGAUUCAAUUCAACCGGUACUACGUCGUUUGGACAUCAAACCUCAUUGGAUGUUCGCCUUAUCAAAUCUGAUUCAAAGUGCUGUGCAGACGGCGAUCUCAUUGCUGAGCCCAGACGUCUCAGCGCAACUUCAUGUGCAAGACGUCACGUCAAUGGCCUCAAUGGGUCAAAGAACCUCCGUUUCAAGGGAGUCAGGUCAAUCUGAAAUAGAGUUGGUGGACAGUAGCCGACCUCCAUCCAGAGAUGAACGACGAGAGGAACGCAGGGAAUAUCUGAAUAGUAUCAUUGAUACCAAUGAUAAGUUACGAGAGAAGUUAAUCGAGGCACAAGAGGAGUUGAAGCAAAAUCUUAUCUCUAGUAUUGCACAAACGCAAAGUAUGCGUGAUAUGGCAGCCGCUACGGCAAGCCUGAUGUCGGCCUGGCGUGGUGCUCCAUGGCGCGGAACCUACCCGCCAAUGAACAACGGUCUUAUGUCACGAAAUGCUGGGACUGGCACGUCACCCACACAUAAAAACCACAAAAUUGCUGUGAAUCAUCCAAUGGACGGACAUCUGAGCAGAUCAACUGAAGAGCUGAUCGGAUGGCUACGUUCGCUAGAAGUUGAUGAUCGAUCAAUACGCCUAAUCGUUGCCGAGCAGUAUACAAAACAGGACAUAUUCGAAUAUGUAACAAGGGAAGAACUGCUGGCGUUGGGCGUAGCAGGCGGAGCGAGUUGUCGAAUCUGGCGUGUUGUGAGCGAAGCACGUGAACGGGCACGUCGUGCACCCGUGUUUUUAUCGCCGAUGCGAAGCCGCGACGAUUCGUUGGACGACUAUCAUUCGUCCAUAGCGGACGAGAUGUACACAGUUGCUGAAUUAACCUAA